AUGAGUACCUCAUCAUUGGCCUCGUUGGAAUCCGCCUCGUCAGGAUAUGGAUCAAAUGAUGGAAAGUCUAUGACGUCAUCAACAUCAGUGACGUCAUUUUCAUCCAUUGAAUCAACAUCGUCACUUCCUGAUGAUGAUUUGAUGACAUCAACCGGAAGCACAAACGAUGACGAAGUUGUUGAUGAUUAUCACGAUGAAACGUCAUCAUCAUCGUUAUCAUCACCUCUCAGAGCAAUAAGCUUCUCCUCUCCAUCAUUAUGUUCGGUGACAAUGAAAGAAUCAUUUUUGUUUCAUCUCAGAAGAUCUGAUGACGAUGAUGAAGACGGAGGAGGAACGGAAGAAGAUGGCGUGGAAGAUGAGGAUGACGCGGAAGAAGAUGAUGGAGAUGAUGAUGGAAUCCAUACCAUCCUCUUCUCGCCAACCUGCAGACAUGCGGGAACAUCCCACAACAGCAGAAAUAAUCUUAACGACAAAGAUCGACGCUAUGGAUCGAUUGAAUUGAAAGUUGAAAGGAGUCGUCAAAAGAUUGUUGUACAAGUGAACAGUGCUCAGAAUUUGAACCCCCUGACAACUGACUCAUGCAACAGUUAUGUGCAUGUCCGACUCACAAACACGCAAGGUCAUGUCCUUGAGAAGUUCAGAACAAAAACAAUAUUCAACACAUUUGAUCCUCACUUCAACGAAAGCAUUUCAUUCCAUCUCCCUGAAAAAUGGAAUGACUACAAAAUGAUGAUUCAUACGACGAUUCACAACGAGAACCCAAUCAUUUCAAAUGAAGAAUUGGGACACGUUGAAAUAACCUUACCAAACAAGUUCUACUAUGUCCAAGAAUGCCAAACAUACCUCGACCAACCAGCAAAUUACAGCAAGUAUCUACUGCAUCAUAAUGAGAAAUCUCGGCAAACGAAUGUUAGCGUCAACCAAUUGCUAAAAACAAUGAACAAACAAAUGUUUCAAUUAACUCUAAAUCACAAAAUGCAAGUAUCGGAAAAAUUCCAAAAUUCAUCCUCAAAAGUCAGAAAGUUUUUGAAGAAAAAACUGCAAAAGUUGUUGAAAUGA